AUGACGUCUGCUACUUUGGGGAAUCUCAAUGUGGAUGAUGGUUUUGGAAAGCCGGGAAGUCUGAGCAUACAGAGAAAGUCAGAGGAUGAAAGCAUGCUCUUGUUUGCACAAGAUUUUUGUGUGCAUGCUGCAUUGAGCCAUUACGUUUUAGCUUUCAUGAUAGUGCGGUUUGAAUAUGCCAAACUUCAGGCUGUGAUCACUGCCAUUGCAUGCAUGGAAAUACCUGAGGGAGAGGGUGCAGAUGAAAUCAUAUCAAAAAGAGAUAUUGACGAAAAGGAUUUAUUGAGCGGUCAGGAGAUGAUGUGUUCAUUAACAACAUACAAUGAUGACAGAGAUCUGAGUGGUACAUAUUUCGAUGAUAGUGAUAUAGCCAAAUUGUCCAGUAUGGGGAUGGUGGACUUCAAGAUGAUCUCACUAUGGAUGAUCUCACAAAUGAUGAUAAUUAUUUUUAGGGAUUCAAGGGACAUCGAUAAAACUAUACGGAUGUUUUUGAAUAAAGAGGAAACUGCCACACCUGUUAACACCCCAAGUCUUUCAGCAAGAAAAAAUGAUCUCAGUUUAUUUACAUUAAGUCCUAUCAAGUUUAUAGAUAGAACUUUUCAUGUGAACCUGCUCAACAUGGUUGUUUCUGGUAGUGAAGUUUCUGGUUGUGAAGUUUCUGGUAGUGAAGUUUCUGGCUGUAAUUCAUUCCAGGCAUUGAUAGGUUCAAGUGCAUUAGGUAUUCCUGGGAGUGAAAUGAGGAAACUAUACAGCCCAGAAACUUUGUCAACAUUUCAAAUGAAGUUUACUACUGAGAAUGACCAUGAAGACCUGUCAGAUGAGAAAGUUAGCGCUGAAAUAAUGAACAAAACAGCCAAAUAA